UGGUCUGUCAAGACAUUGUAAAAAACAGUAAAAGUGUAAACUGAAUCUUGUCCAGUCUCUUGCAAUCAAUCUCCCACACACACAGGGGUAACUUACAAUUUUCAUCAAAACGUACGUACACCAUAUUCAGCAUCAGAGCCUUCCAUCAGAGUAACUGUUCAAUUGAGAGCAUGACUAAGCAAUUUGACUCUCUUGUCUGUACACAAUGAAACAUGGACUUGUCAUUCUGACAGCACUGACAUGUUCAGUGACACAGAAAUUAAAUUUUGAGCGAUAGACGAAGUAUUUUACACAGAAAACUGGCUUUUGCAGGUAAUCCGUAUUGUUUUGCUACUUGUGCGACAUGUUGUGAGGAUUGAACAAGUAGUUUUGAGAAUUUCAAAUCUGAUCUGAGAAAUGUACCAAAGCAAUUGAGAAAAAAAAUGUAAUUGAACAUUUAUUUAAGAUACAAAUUACAACAAAAAAGUACAUGAAAAAAAUCACUGUCCAGUUUGUAUCAUAAUGAACAAAAUUAUAACCAACAUCAUUCAAACUAAUGUAUUGAAAGGCUUCAAAUGAAUAUUUAUGGUAUAUUACAAAUGAAUAUUUAUGGUAUAUUUUAAAAUAAAUGUAUUUUCCUCUCUUUUAAAAAUCAUUGAAGAAACUGCGUUGUGGACAUUUUCCUAGGAAUAAAAAUAACAACCGUGUUGAUUUCUGUAUCCUUUUAUUUAAAUGUAUGUGAUAAUAGGAUACUUUUACUUGUAUGACUAAUUGUAUGACGGCUAAUGGCUUACCACAAGCAACAAGGCACUUUUGCUCAUUAAUAUUCAUGACGCUAGCAAUUGUUGCUAAGUGGGUCAACCUCCCGUUUGCCACUAAUAGUAAAUGCAUGGAAAUAGUGUACGAACGAGAUGUUUACUGUGCUAAACCUACCAAUUAUGUCAGAAAAUGAUGUCCCUGGUGCCAAAUUCACUGGUAAAGAUGUGGAAGAACGUACAAAUGUUCAGUUAAAGAGAUGGCUUGAGUGUCGAGGGCUGAAAAAGACGGAAAAAAGAGCUAACCUGAUCCAGAGUUAGCUUUUUUAUCGACACGUUUCUUGUUUGCAUUGCCUUACACCACUGACAAUGACAUUCUCCUGUUUCAACAAUAUAUCCUUUACCACCAUAUGCCCUGUCUUUCUUAUAUAUUAUAUCCUCUAGUUGCCUUAUGUCUCUGGCUGUUCUUGGGGGCAAUUUACAUUGCUGUUUUUGUGUAGCGAUCACAAGUGCUACUCAGUGACAGCAAAUGAACAUUUUUAAUUUUUUCAUCAAUAACAAAUCUUAAUUCUAUAAUUCAUUUACACUUCCCCCUUAUUAAAGUUUUUUUUUUUUUUUACAACAGAAAAUGUAACAGUGGCAGUCAGAUACCAUUUUAAUAUUUUCAGGUCAUUCAUUGUCAGACAGAAGCAGCACGACAAAACGGAACGCUACAAAAUAAGUAAAAAUAUCAAAAUGGCUUACUUCUUCGUCCUCUGUAGGACCAUGGCCCCCAACAAAAUGUUUAUUCAUUCAUUCAUUCAUUUUCCAUGCUGCUUUUUCCUCACGAGGGUCGCGGAGGUGCCGGAGCCUAUCCCAGCUGACUACGGGCAGUAGGCCAGCCAAUCGCAGGGCACAAGGAGACACAAAAUGUUUACUGCAUAUGAAAUGUGAAUGGCUUCACCUUGCUGGCGUUAAACUGGUCUUUUGGACGUCCGCCAAGUCGAUCCACUCCUCACAUUUUUUCCUUAGAGAUUUUGGUUUCGGCAAACGUAUGAAGAAAACAUCCUUGAUAUUUCGUAAUGUAUAGAGUCAUUUCUACAAGUUCCAUAGCAGUAGUGUUUGAUCUGCAUGUUCUUUUUUGAAAGAUUACCCGAGAAAACAAGCAGAAAUAACAUGGAUUGUAUGCGAGAACGUGUCUAUAAUGACCCACUUCCGUGUUACGAUGGCGACCUCACGGUCCAAGAAUUCAACACUAAAGUUUCGUUAUUUUAUAAUCAUUUAAAAUAGAGUUUAGAAAAAUAAUAAUUCAACAAAUCUUGAAAAACAUGAAAAAAAGUCGAGAAUUACAGAAAAAAAAAGUUCUUUUUGUGGACGUAAUGACGUCGUUGUUGGCGUAAUGACGUCGUCCCUACGUCUCCUACCGGACGAAAAUGGCGGAGUACUUAGCGUCCAUUUUCGGCACAGAGAAAGACAAGGUCAAUUGUUCUUUUUAUUUCAAAAUUGGAGCUUGUAGACAUGGAGACCGCUGUUCAAGACUGCACAACAAGCCAACCUUCAGCCAGACCAUUUUGAUACAAAACAUCUACCGUAACCCACAGAAUAGUGCACAGACGGCCGACGCGUCACGCUGUGCAGUAAGUGAUGUGGAAAUGCAGGAGCACUACGAUGAGUUUUUUGAAGAGGUCUUCACAGAGAUGGAGGAGAAGUACGGGGAAGUGGAAGAAAUGAACGUAUGUGACAAUCUGGGUGAUCAUCUGGUUGGUAACGUUUACGUCAAGUUCCGUCGAGAAGAGGAUGCUGAAAAAGCUGUCAUGGACUUAAACAACCGCUGGUUUAACGCCCAGCCCGUCCACGCCGAGCUCUCGCCAGUCACUGACUUCAGGGAAGCUUGCUGCCGCCAGUACGAAAUGGGAGAAUGCACCCGGGGUGGCUUUUGCAACUUCAUGCAUCUUAAACCUAUAUCGAGGGAACUUAGAAGAGAAUUGUAUGGACGGCGACGGAAAAGACCACGUUCUCGCUCGCGUUCCCGGGAAAGGCGCUCACGUUCAAAGGAUCGGCGACGGGACCGUGGAGGACGCAGAUCCAGAGACCGAGAACGGUCAGGAAGAUUCUGAAGGCGGACAACCUUGUGCGAUACCAAAACCCGUCUCCAAAACCCUGACAGUGGAAACAAAACUUUAUUUAGACUUUGGGUGAUUUAUUCAAGUGUUUUUCUUUUGUCCCCUUUUUAUAAACAGAUGGUCACUUUCUCAAUAAAAACAGAUUUGUUAUUCUGCAUUGUUUACUUCAGAAAAUAUUAUAAUCAUUCCUCUUAAAAGCCUUUGAGGAGAUGAACUUGUUUUUGCUAGAUUCCAACUUAUGAGAACUUAUUAAAAACAGAUAUUGUAGAUUCUGUGUUCAUGUGUGUGGAGAAGUGAGGAAAUAAGGCUGUAAUAUUAGCAUUUUACUUGACUUGAGGUCGUUAUUUGCUCAAUCACAUUGCAGUAUUGUACAAUAUCUAAUUUACACACACACACACAAAAACAGCUUCAGGUGUUUGUAAGCACAGAAUUUUAGAACUUUACUAUUAUUUUUUACAAGACAUGCAGGAGAACAAAGUGUAUUGCAUGGACUUAUUGAAAAUUAGAUAUGGGUGCUAGUAUUAGCCACCAGUGUUUCAAGUCGCCUGCGAGCCGCAUGGUUUGAUUUCACAAGGAUCUCUUGUGAAAUGGGAGAUAGAACUUUGGAAUGUUAAAAUAAUUCAUCUGAAAAGAAAUCAAGAGCAUACAUUUAAUUCCUAUACAUCAUAACAAGAAAUGUAAUAAAAAUACAAGGUAUGAAUAAAGUAUGAGCAUUUUAAAAUUAGGGAGUUACUUUCAAGCAUCAUGCAUUUCAUGUACGCAUUUCAGAGUGCUUUUAAGAUUGUAAAUUGAAAAUAUUUAACGUGUCCACUACAGAUAAAGAGAACACACAAUUAGGCCAUGGGCUGAACUUUAAG